AUGCAUCGCAAAUUAAAUACUAUUCCUCCUUUAAACUUUGUAACACAUGAAUCUUAUAAUGAACGUCAUCAAAUCAAUGGCAUUUAAAGUGAAGCUACUUCACCCAAUUAUUUAUUGGAAACUCCUGUGUUGACUAACAAACAUUAGUUUAGAAAAAAUUCAAAUCACCUUUUACCAAUGGUUUAAUAAUCAUCUCCUUAUAUUAAACUACCUAUGAUUGAAGAGAAGUUUCUUACUCCAAGAUAAUAAUAAAUAAAUUUAAUGCCUGAUCUAACAUUCAAAGAUUUAUUUAAGAAUCCAAUAUAUUAUGAAAAGAAUGGUUUAAGUCCAAAAGGUAGUGAGGAAAUAUUAAAGAAAUUGAAAAUGAGACAUAGAAGAGUUGAUUUCUCAAAAAUGGUUGACAUUGUAGAUGAAACGACUAAUUCAAUAAUUAAGGAAUCCCUGAAUGAUCACAAAGAACAUAGAAGAUUAAGCAAAAAAACUACUCGUCGAUUUCAUUUAAGUAAUCCUACAUAACUUACAGAAUUUGAAUGA